AUGCCCCGCGCCGUAGCGAAGAUCGGGAAUACCAUCCUUGCCGAGACGGAUACUUGGGAGACAGUCGAGGGGAACGUCUACUUCCCCCGUUCGUCGCUGAAAGAUGGCACAGGGACCUUUCGCCUGAUAGAAUCUGAUUCAUCGACUUUCUGUCCCUGGAAGGGGGCUGCGUCGUAUUAUGAUAUUUCUCUCCAGGAGACUGGCACUGUCAUAUCUGAUGUCGUGUGGUAUUACGCAGAGCCGUCCGAGGCAGCGCGGAAUAUCAAGGACCAUGUUGCUUUCUAUAAGACCAAGGUCGAGGUCGUUGUUGAGUAG